AUGGCAGCGCUUGUACUCACCUCCCAGGCCGACUCCGGAGACACGCGUCGCCGGCGGACUCAGGCAGCUGGCGCUGGGGCUAGCGCGGCCGCAGUCAAGGCUGGGCUGCUGCGGUCGCCGCAGCUGCUCAAGCUGUCCCCGCCGCCGCUGUUGCUAGUGCUGCCGCCGCCGCCGCCGCCUCUGCCUCAGCUCCAUGCGCCGGGCCCGCCAGGUGGACGCGCCUCUCUCCCUCAGGCGCCGCCGCCGCGGCGGUGCUGGAUGGCUUCAGAGCUGUCUGGUUAUGGCCCUAAAACUCAGCGCCUCAGUGGCCGCCGGCUGCUCCUGGGGUCCGCUCUUCUACUGCACCGCCGACUGCUCCGGCCGGGGCUAUCUCACCAGUGGGCUGAGCGCACGGCGCUGGAGCCUGCUGAGCGCCGUGGCUGCGGCCGUCCGCAGGAGGGAGAGAGGAGGGCGGCUGCUACUGCCGCUAUCGCUGUUAAAGCUAUUGCUAAAUGCUGCUACUGUCGCUACUGCCACUGCUGUGGCGGCGGCUGCUGCUGCUGCUGCUGCUGA